UUCUUCGUUGGAACAAGAGCUUGUGAUCACACCAUGCAAUAAAUGCUUGCCUCACCGUUUCAUUUAGGUCAAGUUCUCUCCACCCUUCAUCAGUCUUCAACGUAGAAUAUGCGCCUUAUGGUCUCCAAAGACUUUUACUAUAAGUACCUUCCAGAGUCUACAUAUCUAUGUAUACAAACAAUAUCGCUCUACAUUUCUUGUAACAAUUAGUAGCCACCAACAAUGAUGCUUCCAUGCCAGCAGGCUUUGUUCUUACUUGCCAUUGUGUUGCUUUCAUCCUUCCGAGUCUUGGCUUCCACCCCAUCUACAACUUCUUUCACUUCUGCUAGAAGUGAAACAGAGGCCCUUCUAAAAUGGAAAGCCAGCCUCUCCAAACACACCAAAUCUCUCCUACCUUCAUGGGUCGUCGCCAAUGGGACUUGCCAUUGGGAAGGAGUCACUUGCAGCAAAUCCGGAAGCAUCGUCAGCUUGGACCUCUGGGGUCAUGGUUUGAGAGGUACACUUCACAGUCUCAACUUCUCUUCCUUACCUGAUCUCCUUACUCUUCAGCUAGGAGAUAAUUCGCUUUCCGGAACCAUUCCUUCUAACAUCAGCAGCCUCUCCAAACUCACCACUCUCAUCUUGUCCUACAAUAAAUUCUCAGGAAAUAUUCCUUCUACGAUAGGCUUGCUGAGUAGUCUUAGUGUAUGUGACCUGGGUGCAAAUUUUCUAACUGGCUCUAUUCCUCCAGAAAUAGGAAGCCUGAGGAGUCUCUCUUGGUUUAGUUUGUGUGCAAACAACCUCACAGGCAUUAUCCCUACCACUAUAGGGAGCUUGAGGAACUUGACAAUUCUUUACCUUUAUGAAAAUAAACUUUCAGGUUCCAUACCUCAAGAAAUUGGGAAUCUUAGAUCACUUAGUGAGCUUGAUAUGCCAAGAAACAGUCUAAAUGGUACAAUUCCUACUUCUAUUGGGAACUUGACUAAUUUGUCCAUGCUUCGCCUUUUUGAAAAUAAACUCUCUGGCUCCAUACCUCAAGAAAUAGGGAAAUUGAGCCAUCUUUCUUACCUUUCUUUGCAAAGAAACAUUCUCACAGGUUUUAUCCCUCCUUCCAUUGGAAACUUGAGUAAUUUAUCCCUUCUUUCUCUAUUUGAAAAUAAACUCUCUGGCUCCAUACCUCCAGAAAUUGGGAAUCUUAGAUCACUCAGUAAGCUUUUCAUGUCAACUAACAGUCUAAAUGGUACAAUUCAAGCUUCUAUUUGGAACUUGACUAAUUUAUCCAUUCUUGACCUUCAUGAAAAUAAACUCUUUGGAUCUAUACCUCAAGAAAUAGGGAAAUUGAGACAUCUUUCUGAGCUUUAUUUGCAUAAAAACAUUCUCACAGGUUUUAUCCCUGCUUCCAUUGGAAAUUUGACUAAUAUAUCCUUUCUUUACCUUUUUGAAAACAAACUCUCUGGGAAAAUCCCAUCUUCCAUUGGAAACAUGAGAAAGCUCACGGAAUUGCUGAUAUAUCAAACAGAGAUAUCUGGCACCAUUCCACCAGAGAUAGGGAAACUUAAGUUUCUUACUGAUGUAAGGUUAUUUUAUAACAAUCUCCAUGGGACAAUUCCACCAGAGAUAAGUAAUCUUACCCAAUUGCAGUUUUUGUACUUAUCUAAAAAUAACUUCACUGGUCAUUUACCAAAACGCCUAUGCCAUAGUGGAUCACUUGAGGUACUUACCGUCGGUGAUAAUCAUUUUCAUGGUCCAAUCCCGAAAAGCUUGAAAAGCUGCACCAAUUUGGUUAGAGUUAGGCUAGACAAGAACCAUUUCGUCGGAAAUCUAUCGAAAAGUUUUGGCAUAUAUCCUCGCUUAAGCUACAUAGAUUUGAGUGACAAUAAUCUGCACGGCGAGGUUUCAUGGAAAUGGGUACGUUGUCACAAUCUCACAAGCUUGAAAAUAGCAAGGAAUAAUAUUUCUGGUCGAAUUCCGUCGGAGCUUGGAAAGGCAACUAACCUUUCUUUACUUGAUCUCUCCUCAAACCAUCUUGUUGGAGAGAUUCCGAAGGAAUUAGGAAAGUUGACAUCAUUAUUUGAACUUCAUCUAAGUGGUAAUAAACUUUCAGGCAAUAUACCAGUAGAGAUUGGCAUUCUGUCAAACUUAAAAAAUCUCAAUCUUGGAGCCAAUAAUCUAAAUGGUUCUAUUCCAGGAGAACUAGAAGACUGCAAGAAGCUACUGGAAUUGAAUUUGAGUUGGAAUGGAUUCCAAGAAGGAGUUCCAUCUGAGAUUGGCAAAUUACACUUCCUCGAAAGUCUUGAUCUCAGUCACAAUGUGCUGAUAGGAGAGAUUCCUCUUGGACUGGGAGAAUUGAAAACCGUAGAAACGUUGAAUCUCUCACAUAAUAAGCUCUCUGGUAGCAUCCCAUCAAGUUUUGGUGAUUUGUCAAGCUUGACUUCCAUUGAUAUAUCCUACAACCAGUUAGAGGGUCCUGUUCCUGACAUUGGAGCCUUCCACGGCACAUUGCCCUUCAACGCAGUUAGAGAUAACAAAGGUUUGUGCGGAAAUGUUACUGGUUUGAAGGCUUAUCCUACUUUGAUCAACCACCGUCGAGAAAAGAAGGAAGACAAAGGAGUUGUGAUCUUAGCCACAAUCCCCAUUGUAUGUGUUCUUCUGCUACUGCUAAUCAUUUUUGUGACUUUGUUUGCUCUUGCCAAACGACGGCGAAACAAAGAGGAUAAACCAAGGGAAGGAUCAAAUCCGAAUCUAUUCACGAUAUGGAGCUAUGAUGGAAGGUUGGUGUAUGACAACAUCAUUGAAGCAACUGAAGGAUUUGAUUCCAAGUUUUGCAUUGGAGUGGGAGGGAAUGGAAGUGUGUACAAAGCUGUAUUACCAACUGGACAGAUUGUGGCUGUGAAGAAACUUCACCAACUGCCGGACUGUGAAGUUGCAAAUUCAAAAGCUUUUACAAGUGAAAUUCUUUCUUUGACAGAAAUCCGGCAUCGGAAUAUUGUCAAGUUCUAUGGUUUCUGCUCACAUCCGCGACAUUCGCUUCUGGUUUAUGAGUUUUUGGAUGGAGGGAGCUUGGAAAUGAAACUUUGCCAUGAGGAACAAGCAAUGGCAUUUGAUUGGAAGAAGAGAGUGAAUGUUGUCAAAGGUGUGGCCAAUGCUAUUUCCUAUAUGCACCAUGACUGCUCACCUCCUAUAAUUCAUAGGGACAUAUCAAGCAAAAACAUUAUGUUGGAUGAAGAGUAUGAAGCUCAUGUCUCUGACUUUGGCAUCGCAAGAAUUCUGAACCCCAAUUCAUCCAAUUGGACUUCAUUAGCAGGCUCAUUAGGGUACACCGCCCCAGAACUUGCUUACACAAUGAAGGUGACCGAAAAAUGUGAUGUUUAUGGCUUCGGGGUUUUGGCACUGGAAAUACUGGUAGGGGAGCAUCCGGGGGAUCUCAUCUCAUCUGUGUCAUCAUUGUGGUCUUCUUCGUCUUCAACAGUACAUGAUUUGCUAUUGAAGAAUCUGUUGGACCAACGUCCUUCAUAUCCCACGAAUCGAGCAGGAAAGGAAGUUGUGACUGUUGCAAAACUAGCAGUCUCAUGCUUACAAUCCAAUCCGCAAUCUCGACCCUCUAUGCAACAAGUUUCUCAGGAGCUAUCAACUCAAAGACGCACUGUGCAGAAUCAAUUUCACUCCAUUACAAUAGGACAGCUACUUGAUGUUUAGUAUUGAUUCUACUUGUUGAAAAUUUACACUCAUAAUUGUAGCUCGUUUAGAGUUGCAUGUGUUGCUACUCCUAAUCUUUCAAGUCAAUCCGAUUGGGUAUUGGGUAAGUUUUAUAAAUGGCGUUGAUUUAAGCCGGCUUGAUGAUCUUUUUAGAUUGUUAAUGCAAACAAAGAAGCAUCUAUGUU